GCUGUGUUUUUAUGAAUGAAAGGAAUCCUGAUGGUGAGUAAUUCCAGGAAAGCGAGCUGACAUUGUUACCAAACAACACCGCUGCUCGCAGCUGAAGCUUCGGGGAGGGGAAAAAAGCAGAUAUCCAGGAAUCAAACGCGGCGAGACAGCUACACAACACUGAGAUAGGUGUUACAACUGCAGACCAAGCCCAUAAGAUGAACAGUGAUAGCAGAUCCAGCAAGGCAUUGAAGGUGAAGCGCGAGUCGGGUGAGAACGUCCCUGUGCUCUCGGAUGACGAGCUCAUGUCUCUGACGGUGCGGGAGCUCAACCACCACCUGCGGGGGCUCUCCAAGGAAGAGGUGGUGCGGCUAAAGCAGCGGCGGCGCACCCUAAAGAACCGCGGCUACGCGGCCAGCUGCCGGGUGAAGCGCAUGUCCCAGAAGGAGGCGCUAGAGCAUCAGAAGCAGGAGCUGCAGCAGGAGGUGCGGCGGCUGAGCUCGGAGAACGCUGGCAUGAGGCAGGAGCUGGAGGGGCUGAGCCAGCGCUUCGAGGCCCUGCAGCACUUUGCACGCACCGUGGCCCACGGGCCCGUCACCCCACACAAAGUCAACACCACCAGCGUCAUCACCAUCGUCAAGUCAGGGGGCCAGCACCACUCCUAGACGGCGCACAGAGGGAUCUCCACUGAACCUUUAGGGGAGCAAGGGGGAUUCGUUCAGGUCUGUGUCGGUAUGUGCUGAGCAACUUGGCAGGAGUGGCAGCAAACUGUGGGCUGCUGCAUUACAGGGCUACCAGAUUCACAGCACUUGGACAACCUGAAGAGUGUGAAAUCCAGUAUACACUCUACAUCUACAAUUGGUUUCUUACCACUUCUAUCCUAUUGUUAAGGCUGUGUUUUGUUCACGGUUAUCACAGACUUCACGGUUUCUGUGAAAUGUGUUGUAUAAUAACUGUAGAGAAAAAUGAUUGAUUCUGAAUGUGACAACGCUUUUAUUUUCUGCUUUUAAUAAAUAUAAUAUUUAAUCUUGAAAUAUCUAUUUUUAGACCGUGAUGUGCCGUGAAAAAAAUACAGCCAGCCUAUUGUGUGUUUCCAUUAUCAUGCUCAUUGUAUGCUUGCUCAUGUUUUACCUGACUUGUUGACUGAUCUCCUUGUUCAACCCUGCUUCAAACCCCUUCAGCUCUGAGACAUGACCAGCUGGAAUUCCUGUCCCUGUGAAAGUUGUGUUUUUUGUACAGGUUUUUGAGUUGCUGCAGGGGCAGAAAUAAUGGGGCACACCCCUUAGUGGCCAUUUAUUUUAGAAGUGGUUGAAAACUGAUAUUUUUUCUGGAAUAGUUAGGAAGCUGGUAAAUUAAGAUCUAAGCAGAGACAACAGUUACAGGAGGAUUUAGAACAUGGGUAUUUAAACCGGUAGUACAUUAAAUAUCCCAUAAACACACACGCCAUACAGUUUCACUUUACAUGUUUUUUCGACGGUGUUCUUGUACAGUACAGGUAGUCAUUUAUAAAAGGCAGAGUGUUGGCGUCCCAGUGAAAAUGCUGCUUUGUGCAAUUUUAUUUAAAAAUGGUACACAACUUUCAGACAAAUGGUAGGCAUAUUAAGCCAUGGCGCUUAUAGCUGUCUUCAGCACUCGCUAACUAUUUGUUUGCUUUCAGAAGAGGCUUCUAAAAUGAGUUUGGAAAGUAGGUAGCAGGUAUUCAUCACGUGACUGUGUUAAAUUGUCCCAGCACUUAUGCAAUAUAAACUUCAAACGCAAGACCUACAGAGAAGACAGGGUUUGACAUGUUGAUCUCUGUAUCAAUAUGAAUACUGCGUGAUGUAGUUCUGUUGGGUUAUAGAGGGUUUGUGCAGCUCUGUUAGGCUCUACCGAGCCCUCGUCAGAAAUGCCAACAUCAAAUUCAAAGCAUGUUAUAAACGUGUGUGUUACGCUGCUGGAGUUCUCCCGGGUUUAUAUUUGGAAUAUAGUGUUGUACAGGACACACACACACGACCGACAACAACAUCCUGCAAAACUACAGCAACCAAAGGCUUAGAAGAGGUAAAUAUUUCUAACUUUUUUUUUUUUUUUUUUUUUUUUUAAGGCUAAUAAGUUUCCUCUAACCUGUUUUGCCGUGGCCCGUUAUGCAGUUAAAAUUGGGGGUGGGGUCGUCCAUUACUUUUUUUUUCAAUUCUAACUCCCAUUCCCUUUUAAUUAAUUCAAAUUCCAAUUCCAAAAGGAUUUGAUAAAAAUAAAUGGACCCCAGCCCUGGUUAAAAGCGGGGUUUUUAAACACGGCACUCAUAUUUUGUAAGUCGCAGCAUCGCUGGUAUAGAUUUGUACCCAGUCGUGUGUAUUGUUUGUGGAGAUUUGCCUGAGAUUAAAGGAAAGAGGAGUGAGUGUCUUUGUCAAACCCAGGUAGUGAGUGAAGCUGCGCCUCUUCUGGAUGAAAUGGGUGGCUGGUGGUGUCACUCACCUUACAUUGAACCAGCCUCAAGAGGUUCACAGUGGAGUACAUCUAUUUAUUAUUAUUUAGUGUUUGGGUCAAACAUUGCUCAGAUGUUUUUUCGUUUUCAUUUAAAAUUAUCUGACCAGACAAAAAAAAAAAAGCUUCAGUAGCAUUUAUGAUGGCGGAAAUUGGCAGCGAUUUGUUUACAUGAUCGACCAGCUUGUGUAACGUUGCUGUGCUGCAGUGCUUCUGUUCAGCCGCGCAUCUGCUGUGAAAUGUGAGAUGACGUGAUACCCAUGGCUACCAGUGGAACACUUGCCUGGUAACUUGUACUGUUGUAAUUGUUGUUCUUUAUGCUAAAUAAUAUUAUUGUUUGAAGAGAUUUAUGCAGGACAGAUCUGCAAAGAUGCUAUGGGCAUCUCGUUUCCAGGGGGGUGCUUGUUUGAGAUGUUGUUAUUUUUUGGGGGGGGGGGGGGGGGGAUUUGAUAUAUUUAGUCGAAAUUACUAAGCGCAGACUCGUGCUUCCCAGACCUGUGCACACGACUACUUGUCCUGCUUGUGCUCCUGCGAAUCCCCCCCCCCCGUGCUUGUCUGUUAAUUGUCAUUUUGACGUUUAUACAAAACCAUUUUUUUCAUGUACAGAUAUUUGCACUCGCCCUGAGUGCUCCUAAUACAGAGUUUUAAUCUUCAAAUCUUUCUCGAAGUGCUCAAUAACUGCAUUUGGUCUUUUUAUGAAGGAUUAGAAAGUGGCCAACCUUGCUUUACAGCAAUGCCAUUGAAAACCGCUCCCACUCAAGGGUGACGACUGCUGACGCACUGCUGCUCAGCGCUGACAUGAGGAGCCGUGAGCUCACCAGUGCAGUCCAUCGCCCUUCAACAAAAGCGCUCGGAUUAACCGCUCACCUUGAUGGGUCAGUGCUGGCUUUGUUGAGGUUGAGUUGAGGUAUGCAGCCAUUCCAAGUUAGUUUGGUGGCAGUAGGAGGGAAGCAGGUAAAAAGAAGGACUACAAGAAAGUUUAUAGAGAGAGGGAUGUGUGGACAGAGAAUAGGAGGGUAGCAAAGGAAGAGAGAAGGAAAAUGAGACACCCAAUAACUGUGUAACUCAGCCAUAAUAAUAAUUAGUACUAAACAUAAUCUUGAUUUACAGAGUAAAACAAACAUUUUGACAUGUUAAGAUAUUAAUUGAAACUUUAAAACUAAUGCUAAGUUUCUAUUUGUACCUUAGUAAGUCUUGUGUAAUUAACUUGGUCUGCUGCCUGUUCCAUCUGCAGUCUACUAUCCAAUCUGACGAACAGUCAGAUAUUCUCUACUGCGUUCAUUCACCUUUCUGUAGCAGAUGGAACUUUGACUGAAGCUCGUACAGUAAGUUUAUUUUCCUUGUACAGUGUUUUUGGGUGUGAUGACUGAGAAAAGGAAAGGUUUGAGUCAAUAAUGGACAGAGAAGUCAUUUGAGUGAGAGGACUAAAAAGUGGUUUGUCUGGU